AUGGAGCGAUUUGCCAUACUUCUUUUGAUCGUGUUCGCCACGGAUAUUGCAAGAUCCAGCGAUCUUGUGGACUUGGCGUGCACGAGCGAUCACGACUGUGAACCGUUUCGCAGUGCGUCAGUGAACUCCACGUGCGUACAGGAGCACUGCCGGUGCAGUGACCUGUCGCAGGACGGCAAUGCCACCGAGUGCAAGCCGCUGGUUAACCGAGUUUCCAACCAGAUCGGUGGUCAAUGUCCGUGUCAGGUUGCGAAUUCGUUUUGCCACGAGCAAACGAGCCGGUGCGUCUGCAAGGACGGGUUUCUCCCGAGCCGGGUGGAGAAGAAAUGUAUCCACAAAUCCGUACAGCUGGGUGGCGAGUGUGAAAAUAACGAGCAGUGCUCCAACCACGACCAUUUCGCCGAUUGUGACAGUUCCAAACAGGUUUGCCAGUGUCAGGAACACUUUAUCAUCUACGAGGGAGCAUGCCGUUCGAUAAUAGCGGUAGCUAACCUCACGAAGCCUUGUGACACCGAUGAUGAUUGUGCGAACGGGACGGCUAAUUCGAUUUGCCACACCGGCCAGUGCAUCUGUGGCGUCGGGUAUGUGACGGACGCAACCAACAGCAGCUGUCUGGCGGUGGCCGAGCUCGAUCAACUUUGCAUCGAUUCGAACCAGUGCAUUGCCUCGCUCGGGGUCGGUUCAAUCUGCUAUCAGCAGAAGUGCGUCUGCGAUAGCAAUCACUUCCAAUUUCCGCUGCACCUCACCAACGAAACGUCCGGUCAGCACCGGGUACAGAAUGUUUGCGAGCGGAAAAUCGUGCACGGAGAUAGUUGUAACGACGAUCAAAACUGCUACCAGUUCCACGUAGGACCGCACGAGCAGACGAUGGAAUGUUUCAUGAACGCUUGCGUAUGUCUGAGCGGAUUUGUUGAGAAGAAUAACAUAUGCUACAAAGCAAAUUUCGGCACGACUUUAGUACCAUCUGUUUUCCUCCUGAUCACUGUAUUACUGAGUGUUUCAUCUCAUAUUGCUUUGUCCUAA